AUGCCCUUUGGAUUAUCAGGAGCCCCGUUUAUCUUCCGACGUCUAAUGCUGCGAUUGCUGAGUGAACUGGAAAACGUGGUGGUGUACGGGGAUGAUAUCGUGGUGUAUAGCCAAUCAGAAGCGGAACAUAUCCAUCAUCUCGCGGCAGUUCUGGAACGCAUUCAGCAGUCGGGACUUCGUAUAAACGGACCAAAGUCCCAGAUCGGAAAGACCUGUGUCACCUUACUGGGUCAUAAAGUGGGACAAGGCGAACUGAAACCGCUACCUGAGAAGAUAAUGACGAUACAAGUCAGCCCAGUUCCCACCUCGAAACGCACUCUCCGUACAUUCCUGGGCCGCGCCGGGUACUACAGCAAAUUCGUCAAGGAUUUUAACACAUUGGCCUCACCCUUGUACGAGCUGUUGAAACAAGAUAGGAAAUUCACUUGGAAUGCAGAAGCUCAACGAGCCUUUGAUCAGAUUCUACAGGAAAUGGGAAGGCAGGAGUUGACCCUGAAAUUGCCCAUUGCUGGUGAGAUGUUCACGGUAGCCACUGACGCCAGCGAUGUCGGGAUCGGUGUGGUGUUGAAACAAAACCAUGGGACGAUCGAAUACGCCAGCCGAACUUUGACUCCUGCGGAACGCAGAUACUCAACCAUAGAGAAAGAAUGUCUCGCAAUUGUCCGGGCGUUAGAUAAAUGGCGGCCAUAUCUCCUGGAUCAGCGAUUUCACGUCGAAACAGACCACAGACCGUUGGAGUGGAUUAAGUCUGACAAAGACCCCAGAGGAAAGCUGGCGAGAUGGGCAUUGCGCUUACAAGAGUAUGAUUUCACGAUAAAACCCGUGCCGGGGAGGGAAAAUCAGACGGAGAAUUUCUUGUCACGCAUGAUAGAUGAUGAUGACCUGCCGAGCGUAGCUUACGAUAUUAACGGUAUACUGUGCGAGCAGGAUCCAUAA